CCGAUCGGAUGAAUUAAUGACAGCGGGGACACUAAUGGACACGCAAAGACGUGUAUCAGUGGGAAUGAACUGAGAAGGCGGUUUAUUUUGUUCAUUUAGUAUUUGGCAGUUUAGCUAGCGUUUAGCUAGCGCGAAGCUAAAGCGGAGCGCGCUGCGUUGCCAUUUACUCCCAGCUGUGAGUUGUAGCUACCUGUUAGCUAGCGCCGGUCAGACCUGAGGCAACAUGAGCUCCUCACGGGAGAUAAAACAGUUGCAGAAAGCAAAGAGCAAAGCGCAGAACAGCAGCAACUUAAAAGAGGAGGCCAGCAUCUGCAAUCAGCUGGGAGAGCUGCUGUCCAGGAAUGGUGAUUAUGAGGCUGCCAUCACGGAGCACCAGCAGGAGUUGGCGCUCUCUGAGGUGCUAAACGAUGUGAUUGGGCGAGCUGUGGCCAAUCGUAAGAUAGGAGAGUGCUACGCAGAGAUGGGCAACAUUGAGGCUGCUUUGAAACACCAGCGGCGUCACCUGGACCUGGCUCGUUCUGUCAGGGAUCAUGCUGAGGAGCAAAGGGCGCUGGCCACCAUUGGUCGAACUUACCUCUUCCGUUAUGAGUCGGACCAAUCAAGAAACAGUUUAGAGCAGGCAGAGGACGCAUUCAGGAAGAGCCUGGGCAUUGUGGAUGACUGUCUGGAAGGGACUGUGUCAAGGCGAGAGAUUAGUGAGAUGAAGGCACGUCUCUUCCUCAAUCUUGGUCUGGUCUGUGAUCAUCUGGGGGAGCCCAAACGUUGCAGCGACUUUAUCCGACGGAGUGUCUUUAUUGCAGAGAAGAGUGAGCUGCUGGAGGAUCUCUACCGUGCAAACUUAAACCUGGGCAACAUCUACUUCCGUAAUGAUCAAAAGUCUAAUGCUGUGCGCUGCCUUGAACAGGCCAAAGAGUGUGCAAGGAAGAUCAAAGAUAAGUUCAGCGAGAGCGAGUGCUUUCACUGUAUUGGCAAGGUGCAGCUGUCUCUGGGUGAUUUCGUAGCGGCCAGACGGUCUCUGAAAAAAGCCCUCCAGCUAGGUUCCCAGCAGCCACUGGACAGGCAGGCAGUAAAGAAAGCUUUCAAAUAUGCGGACCAGGGCUGUAAAUUAGAGGAAGAGAUGGGGGAGGAUCAGGGAAAAAGACUGAGCUCCCAUCAGGCCGUGGGGCUGGCAGAGCAGCUGGGGGACCUUUACUGUAAGGUUGGCUGCUACAGCAAAGCUCUGGAUGCAUAUCAAACUCAGCUAAAGGGCGCUGUGGCUUUGGGAAAGCCUGCCAGGGAGCUGGCUGUCAUCCACGUGUCCCUGGCUGCGACCUACACAGACCUGAGACAGCACAGCAAAGCAGUGGAGCACUACAGACAGGAGCUGGCUUUACGGCAGGGCAGCUCGACGGAGGAGUGUAGCACUUGGCUGAACAUCGCAGCAGCUCAGGAGGAGAGCGGCUGUGCCUUCGAGGACGUAGACGGCAGCUACAGUAAAGCCUCACACUGCGCUCAGAGGUCUGGGCAGGCCAGACUUCAGAAACGCGCGUUGAGGCUCUGGCUGGCGUCCCAGAGACGAUGCGGCUCAUCAAUGGUAGACGACACAGAGGCGAGGCUGCAGGAGGUGUGUGCUGCUGAGGGCUGGAGUGCAGACGGGAGCGAUGGUGAGGAGGAUGAAGAGGAGGAGAUGGACAACAGUGAACCUCUGGAUGACAGCGAUGUUGUUCUCUCAGACUCAGACGAAGAUCUGGAGGGUUAUGACAAGAUGGUAUCAGGAAGGAGAAAGGCAGGAAGGUGGAACAAGAGGAAUGAGAAGGGCGAGACGUCCUUGCACAGAGCGUGUAUAGAUGGAAACCUGAAGCAGGUCCAGUAUCUGGUAGAGCAGGGUCACCCAGUGAACCCAAGAGACUACUGUGGCUGGACUCCCCUUCAUGAGGCCUGCAACCACGGUCACUAUGAGGUUGUGGCCGUGCUGCUGGAACGCGGUGCUAACAUCAGCGAUCCUGGCGGUCCCUUGUGUGAGGGGGUGACCCCUCUCCACGAUGCCCUCGCUUGUGGCAAUUUUAAAGUGGCAAGGCUCCUGGUGGAACGAGGGGCUUCUGUCACCUUACGCAACUCGAAGGGGGACACCGCCAUGGACACCCUGCGUCAGUGGCAGAGGACGUACAGCAAAGAGUUGGACCAGGACACCAAGCAGGAGUGCAUGGAAACAGAGAGACUGCUGAGGAAGGCACUCGCAGGGGGAGUGCCUGCUGCUCCGGCCCCAGCCAAACCUUUCGAUGCCCUGCAGGACAGCCAGCUGUUUGAUGCCGAGAACUCAGAGCCGCUGUCGUCCUCUGGGGGGUGCUGCUCUUCCAGCCAAGACUGGCCUCGGACCAACAGGAACUCAGAGGUGAAGGCAGCACCUGCCAGCCCCAAACGGUGGCAGAGCAAAGGCUCGACGCAGCGCCACAGAGCCAGAGGAACAGAGGCUGCUGUCCUGUAUGGGAAUAACAGCAGCUCCUCAGAUGACAGCGACUCUGAAUACCCGAUCAGUCCACUCCGACCCGUCCGUCCCAGACACGGUUUCCCAGCAGCCUCGAAUCAAAAGGAGGUCCCCCCAAACAAAGAAACCAAGUCGAUCCCCAACUCAGAUGGAGAAAGUGUCAGGGAGGCGCCUGCGCUGUCUGUCUCUGCACGAGAGCAGUACCAAAGCGCCAUCCGAGGCUUAGGCAGCGCCAAAAGCCGUUUCCAGGCUCUGUCACAGCCUCAGUUCUCCAGCACACCUGCUGUGUCAUCCGGCAGCAAAUCAGCCCUGGUUCCAGAGGAGGAGUAUCUGGCUGAUGACUGGCUGGAGGAUGAUUUGGAGGACAUCCAGCCCAAGAAGAAGAGGUUUCGAGUGGAACAGAAUGGGAUUAGAGGGGACGACAUCGUAAUGUCUUCAGCCACCAGAAGUCAAAACAAGCACCUUAACUCUGACACGACCUCCAGAAGUUCUGCAGUUUCUUCCUCGUCCAGCAGGAGUCUCUCUCUGAAAAAGAACAGCUCUCUGAAGCCUCACCAGGUCAAAAUGACUCAGAUGCCCGGGAUGGUCAGGCUGGCUCGUCGAGAGGUCAACAGGUCACACAGCCCCACAGUUACAGAUGACGACGACAUGAGGCCACAGACGCCCCCGCCACCACAAAUACACAUGCAUCCUCCAGCUCAAACCUUGGCUGCUCCCAUGCCCGCAUCACUGCCUCCACCAAUCAGAAUGAGGGUCAGAGUCCAGGAAGAUGUUUUCCUCAUCCCAGUUCCACAAAGCGAGGCCGACUCCUGCACUGUGUUGUGGCUGUGCGAGCAGGCCGCUCAGCGCUACUACCAGAAAUGUGGCCUCCUGCCUCGCCUCUCCCUGCAGAAGGAAGGCGCUCUGCUCUCCCCGCAGGACCUGCUGCUGGCUGUCCUGCACACCAAUGAGGAGGUUCUGGCUGAAGUUUGCUCCUGGGAUCUCCCUCCUCUUCCUGAGCGCUACAAGAAGGCCUGUCACAGCCUGGCAGUGGACGAGAACAAGCGUGUGACCCGGCUGUGUGAGGUGCAGGACGGGAGCUCCUCUGUGUCGGUGUGUGGCCUCAGCUUGGCCCCCUCUUCCCUCAACCCGCUCCUUCGUGCCCUAAAACUGCAGACCAGCCUCACCGAGCUGCGCAUUUCUGGCAACCGUCUCCACGAUAACCUCAUCCCCGAGCUGGUUGCCACAACAGUUACCAUGCCUCGGCUUCGUCUGCUGGACAUUUCUGCCUGUCAGGUUACAGGAGAAGGGCUGGAGAAGGCUGUCAACGCUUUGAAGGGGCAGAGCCAUCCUGCGUUUCCGUGCCUGGAGGAGCUGGACCUCAGCAUGAACCCGCUUGGGGACGGUGUGUCUGAGUCCCUGUCCUGUCUGCUGUCCUGCUGCCCUCUGUUAGCCAAGCUGUCCCUGCAGGCCUGCGGCCUCACUGCUCGCUUCCUGCAGCAGCAUCGACUGCUGCUAGCCAGCGCUCUGACAGGCACGGGCCACCUGAAAUCGGUGUGUCUAUCCCACAAUGCACUGGGCUCCACCGGCUUUGAGCUGGUGUUAAAGACUCUGCCCCUCCACUGUCUCACACACCUGGACCUGUCUGCCGUCGGCAGGGUUCCUGCUGAUUACCUGCCGCUGGAACACCUCACCAACGUCCUGUCACAGGACGAGUGUUCGCUGACCCACCUGAGUCUGGCAGCAAACGGGUUGACGGACAGCAGUGUUGCCACCUUGGCCAGGUGCCUGCCUUCUUGUCCCACUCUGGUGAGUCUGAACCUGUCAGGAAACCCGUCUGUUACCUCAGCGGGACUUCACAACAUCCUGUCCUCGCUCAGAGAGGCUCAUCGACCCUUGACCGUUCUAAAUCUUCAAGGCUGUCAGGUGUCCGGCCCCUGGGACAGUGCAGGUCUGGAUGGUUUGUCAGAGCUGGUCCAGGAUCUCCUUCUUUGCUCUCAGGGACUCAACAAGCUGGACCGGCAGGCCUUAAAGCAGAGCUGGGACAGCACUCAGUCACAAGGACACUUCAUCGACCGAAAAAGCAAGUGCCUGCUCUCUGCUGCAGCCUCCUCGUGAGGAGGGAAAAACAAAACUUGCUUCAGAGAUGACGGCAGAUCUUUUUCACUGACGCUGAAUUUCGAGCCACGAGAAAUCAGAAGCAACCUUUAUAGUGAUAGUUUGAGGCUGCACACUCAAAUCUUCAAAAAGAGAAAACUGCACUGAGAAGAUAACCAGUGACAUCCACAGACAUUCUGUGUAAAUAGCUUGUUUCAUGUGUUUUGUAGCCUUAUUUAUGUGUAGCUGUGAACGUGCAUAAAGACAGUUUAUGUUAGCAGUGUGCACGAUGCACAUUUCCUCCUCAACCCACUGAAUUAUUAAAACGAAAAACAAAAAAUUGACUUAUGAUGGCCUAUUUUUCAUCUUCUCUCUGGGAAGAGAAUUCUUCCCAGUUGAACAACUAAACCUUUCACUUCGUUCGACAGUCUAUAUCGAGCACGUUCGACAUAAGACCUGCGGCACAUUCACACAAGUCGCUGCUGAGUGCGUCAGCUUGUGGUUAUUGCAAAGUAUCAAGAUUGACUGUGGUGAUAGGCGUGGGUGGGUGCGGGUUCAUCUUAUUCGACAAACGAGCCGUGCACACUCCCGUGUUCAAGAAUAA